AAAAUUGACGCAUAGAAAAAAAGUAUUGUGAAUGUAAGCUCCGUGAAAAUUUAUAAAUUUUAUUGAAAAAUUACUAUUUUUCACUAGAAAUUAUCACUAAAACUUGCAACAGGCUUAACUCCAUAACAAUUAAAUGAAGUUUGUUCAAAAGGAGAACAAAUAAAAAACAAUAAAAACAACGCAUAUAAAACGAAAAACAAAAAAACCUUUAGUGACACGGUGGAAAAAAAGCCGCAUUUGUUUUUUUACGGGUAGUUUGCAACAAUAUAUUUUUUGUAUGUGAAAUUGUAUACCAGUGUUUGUGAGAGUGUGCAAUUGUAUAUAUCCAAUUGACUUUGACAGCAGAUCAGCAAACAAAAUCAAUGAAAAUCAUGGCUGAUUUAGAUGCUGUACAUUUGGGCCUAGAUGAAAAUGAAGCUGACAUUGCUGAGGAACUGCAGCAUUUCGAUGAUUCAUUUGAUACGCGCAGCGAAGCCUCCGAAUCUGGCUCGGAUUCAUCGGACUCUCAACCCAGCAUUAGUUCUGUAAGUACAUCGCACUCGAAUAAAUCUAAAGAGAAGAGAAAAACAAAAAAAUUGGAUAAGGCCUCGAAAGAUUCCAACAAGAAGUCAGCCACCAAACGUUCUAGUUCAACUCCGAAAGAUACCGCUGCAGCUGUCAAUGGCAAGUCGGCUUCAUCUAAGAAGAAAAAAACGGAAUCCAAUAAAGAUGCCGAUACCUCUACUGAUUCGGUAGAACAUAACAAGGGAGAAUCGGCUAGUGAGUCUAAAACUUCUCGCAAAAAGUCUAUUGACAACGCACAAAAUACUUCCUCCAACAAUGCCAAUGUCAGUGGCAGCACAAAAAGUGACGCCAGCGAUGACGAAACUGGUAAACCCAAAAACACUACUCCUUUCGAUAGCGAUUCAGAAUCGGAGGACUCCGAUUCGGCAGCAAAUAUAAAACGUAAUGGUCGUAAAAAUACCUCUAAAAGUGCAUCACCGGAAAAGAAAACUAGCUCUUCGGGGGGUGGUGGUGGAGGUGUUAGUAAAAGCGUCUCGACCUAUGACUAUAAAACAAAAUUGAAUUAUUUGUUCCGUGAUACACGUUUCUUCCUAAUUAAAUCAAAUAAUGCGGACAACGUGGCCAUAGCUAAGAGUAAAAGCGUUUGGGCCACUUUACCCCAGAACGAUGCCAAUCUGUGUCAGGCUUUCAAGGAGGCACGUAAUGUUUUAUUAAUCUAUUCCGUCAACGAGAGCGGAAAAUUCGCUGGUUUUGCUCGCAUGACAGCGCCAUCAAGUCGUGACAUACCCCAGCCAUCAUGGGUUUUGCCUCCAAGUAUCUCGGCUAAAGCAUUGGGUGGUGUAAUCGAAAUUGACUGGAUUUGUCGCAAAGAACUGUCGUUUAAUUGUACCUCUCAUUUGUAUAAUUCCUGGAAUGAAAAUAAACCGGUUAAAAUUGGACGUGAUGGUCAAGAGAUUGAACCAAAAGUUGGAGCUGAAUUGUGUCGUCUCUUUCCCGAAGAUGAUAAAAUUGAAUUGACACCUAUUUUACGGAAAUCAAAGGAAACAGCCAAGAUGAUGAGAGAAAAGGGUAUACGGGUGAUUUAUAAGGCUCCCAGAAGUCUAUCAUCGCGUGGUGGUGGCCGAGGAAGUAAUCAUUAUCGUAGUGGUGGUGGUGGCGAUCGUCGUGAUGGUGGUGGUCCUAUGCGUCAUAAAAGAUCCUAUGGUGCUCCUCAUCGCCCAUACAAACUAUCACAUAUGGGCCAUCCAGGGUCAGGUUAUAAGCGUGGUGGCUCACCCUAUGGUCGCGGUGGGCCAGGUGGUGGUGCCGGUGGUAGUGGUGGCUCGAGAGCAGGUGGGGGUGAUUCUUCAUUACCUCCUUGGGAAAGGUAUAUGACGCCCACCGCUGCAGCUGAGGCAUAUUUGGCUGACUAUAUGCGUACCAUGCACGGCCAGCUGCCGCCACUGCCGUUUGUACCACCAUUCGGUCAAAUACCACCACCUACACCGGGUGGUACUGCUGUACCACCUCCUGGUAUGCCAGGUUCGAUUUAUGAACAAUUGCCACCACCGGCAAGAUAUUACGAUGGUCCACCAUUGCCCGACUAUCCUCCACCCCAGCCAAUGCGCCCUCCACCGCCAGGUUAUGAUAAGAAUGCACCAUCAUUCGAAGAUUUUGCAGCUUGGAAACAUGCUGGUUUACCCACCGGUUCUUUGCCACCCGGCUUUCCACCGAAUAUGUCUGGUGGUGGUAAUGGCAAUAGCAGUUCCGCAGCUGGCGGUGGUAGUGGCAACAGUGCUCCCGGCGGUCCCGGUAGCAUAAACAACUCAAAUUAUCGCGGUAAUCGUAACAGCAACUCUAAUUCAAAUACGAAUCGUUCGCGUGAUCGUCCAGGUCGUGCUAAUGACUACCAUCAUCGUGGUGGUGGUAGUGCGGGCGGUUCAUCACGUAGUGGAGGCAGUGGAGGUGGUGGAGAUCGUGAUCGUCACUUCCGUGGCGGUAAUGAACGCAAUAGUGGACGCAGUUAUCGAGAUAAUCGUCGUUAAGUGUUUAAAAAAAAUCUAUAUUUAUCUCCUCUCUUUUUUCUAAUUUUUAUAAAAUUAUCGAAUCGUACGCAAUUUUUGUGUUUUCACUGAAAAUCGUAUAGUGUAAUAACUUAAACAACAAGCCUCCUAUUUUAACACAAACAAACAAAAAAAAAAAAAAAAAGAAUCAACCAACCAUUAGACGACACCUCCCUCCACUCCACUGUACUCUAUGCAACGUAAUUAGUGAUUAUUUUUUUUUUAUUUUGAAAUCAAAAUAUUUUAAAGGUGUUCGAAAGUAAAAAAGAAAUGAAAAAAGUAUUCUCAACUUUUUAAAAGUGUUUUUAAAAUCAAUAUAGUUCUUUUUACUAAAAUAUAUACAUAUAUUACAACACCUUACCAGCAAUUGAUAAGAAAAAAUAUUUAAAACAUAAAUUUUAAAAAUUUAAACAAAAAUAAGUGUGAAAAAUAUUUGAAUUUGAUGCUUAACGAAGAAAAAAAAAACUAAAAAAAAGUAUAACAAAACUUAAUAUUUAGUAUUUAACCUUAAUUUAGUUUCUUUCUCCUUCUACAUAAUUAUAUAUAUAUAAAACUUUUAAGAAUUAAACAUACAAAAAGAAAAAUAUUGAAAAAUACAUAUAAAAAGAAAUAUAAAACGUAAAAAAAGAA